AUGCUCUCUAGACGCCCCCUGAGGAUCUGGACCUAUAAGCAAAGCUCGGAUGGCCGGAACAUAACUUAUCUGACCUCUAGAUGCCAGUAUGACUAUUGUUAUCUUGCUCGAACGCAACUACACGCCCGGCUUGCCUUGGUCAGACAUUCGGGGCGGCGGCAACUUCCCAGCUUCAGUGUACCAGCUGCGCAUAAUACUCCCCGUUCAUAUAUACACAAUACGUCGACAAGCCUCAAUCGAGUCGCGGUAGUUACGGGCGCCGCCAGAGGUAUCGGCAGGGCAAUUGCACUGCAGCUCGCACGGGACGGGUACGACGUCGCUUUGAACGACCUUGUUCCAUCAAGCUCCAGUUCUCGCGCGAGUUCGUCGUCGUCGUCGUUGGAGGAAGUGCGUGAGAUAAUCGAAGGCGAGAUUGGCAGGAAGACGGCGGUGUUGCGCGGGGAUGUGUCGGUUGAGGAGGAUGUGAAGGCGUUGGUGGAUGGUGCUGUUGAGAAGCUGGGAGGAGUCGAUGUGAUGGUGGCCAAUGCGGGAAUUGCUUCCCCCUCGGCAAUGUUGGAUAUAUCUGCGAAAGAGUGGGAUAGAGUUAUGGCUAUCAACGGCCGGGGCGUAUUUUUAUGCUACAAAUAUGCUGCGAUACAGAUGAUCAAACAGGGACGUGGAGGACGUAUUGUUGGCGCCUCAUCGGUCGCUGGCAAAACAGGCGUACCCUUCUUCGCACAUUAUUCUGCAAGUAAAUUUGCUGUGAGCUCAUUGACACAAACUGCAGCGCAAGAGUGGGCAAAAUACAGUAUUAAUGUCAAUGCAUACGCUCCAGGUCCUAUUGACACCGACUUGACUAGAGAGGCUGCAACUUUUGCAGAGAUAAAUCCUGACUAUAACAAAGAUGUUCCUGCCUCCGCCUCUGCCACUGCGGUUGGAUUUAUAGGAACGCCAGAAGAUGUUGCAGGAGUGGUCUCUUACCUCGUUUCGGAUCGAGCGCGGUUUAUGACUGGACAAGUUCUUGGAAAACUCGAUGGCAAGUGCCGACCAAAUUCGUUCCAAAGUACACAUACUGCGGCUGCAUAUUCUACACUUCGAAAUUUGCCAAGCCUUCAUCGAGUGGCAGUGGUGACUGGUGCGGGGAAAGGAAUAGGGAGGGCAGUCGCACUUCAACUUGCACACGAUGGGUACGACAUUGCUGUCAAUGACAUACACUCCAUGGCGUCGUCAGUAAACGAGCUAUGUAAAACGAUCCGAGAGGAGAUGGGGAGGAAGGCUGUCGCUCUCACAGGUGAUGUAUCGUUAGAUAUAGACGUGAGGCGUGUCGUGGAUGGUGCUGUGGAUGUACUUGGAAGCGUUGAUGUUGUAAGUCGACGAUCCAAUGGAUUCCUCAAUUUGGUAUCAAGCUUAAAACCUAUACCUAGAUGGUCGCAAACGCUGGGAUAG